AUGAUAGACGCCGUUAAAAUCGUUCUGCUACUCGUUAUACAGUCCCUUCAGUACAUUUGUCGUACAUGCAUAGGAUUUUUAUUGAUACCAUUUUUGGGCCUGUAUACGUUUGAUUUCUUCUUAUACCUCUAUCGGACAGCGCUAUAUCUAUCACAAAUGUUUAACUACAAAAGAAAAUUAGGACGCUCUAAAAGAAAUAGUAGACCGUAUAGUGCAAGAGUGCAAACAAAAUACAACAGCUGGGAAUGCAGGGAGAUUCUAGUUGGUCAAAUAAGGGAUCUGAGGACAUUUUUGUUGUCCGUAAUUCACAGCAAUGCAAAGAGAUUUUUCUCCGCAAGGUUUCAAACGAAAUCGACCAUUAAUUCCAGCUUUAACGCAAAUGAUGCUGAAACAACAUCAGACACAUCCGGUUUCACAAAUCUGCAUUUAGCAAGAUCAUCCGAAGAGGCAUAUUACAUCGCAGGAUCGAUAUAA